CCGACUGCUUUCCUGGAGACAGACGUGGAAGGCUAGCGAGAGAAAACAAUCCAUGGACUGGGGGAGUCCUGGGCCUCAGAAGCAGCGGAGCGCUCUGCCCUGGGAUUUUGGACAAGAGCUGAUAGAGGAUUAGAAGAGGCAAGGCGGACACAGGGCAUGAUUGGCCGGCAGGCCCUGCAUUUCCUUUUGGUCAUAAUGGCAAGUGAAGAAAUUAAUGAAGACUAUCCAGUAGAAAUUCAUGAGUAUUUAUCAACAUUUGAGAAUUCCAUUGGUGCUGUGGAUGAGAUGCUGAAGACUAUGAUGUCUGUUUCUAGAAAUGAGUUGUUGCAGAAGUUGGACCCACUUGAACAAGCAAAAGUGGAUUUAGUUUCUGCUUACACAUUAAAUUCAAUGUUUUGGGUUUAUUUGGCAACUCAAGGAGUUAAUCCUAAGGAGCAUCCAGUAAAGCAGGAAUUGGAAAGAAUCAGAGUAUACAUGAACAGAGUCAAGGAAAUAACAGACAAGAAAAAGGCUGGCAAGCUGGACAGAGGCGCGGCUUCAAGAUUUGUCAAAAACGCCCUCUGGGAACCCAAACCUAAAAAUGCAUCCAAAGUUGCCAAUAAAGGAAAAAGUAAAAAUUAACCUUUUGAUUUUGAUGUACAGAUAUUCAAAAAGUACAUCAUUUUUAUUGUUUUCCACAAAAUGAUGAUUAUGUGGCAAUGCAGGGUUUAAAUGUAUUCCUUAUUGAAUUCAUAUAUAAAGUUUACAUUUUAAAUUUGUAAUGCUAAAUAAUUUUUUUCCCUAGAAAGAUUAAGUUAUCUUUAUUGAUUUUCCUGUGGAUUGCUAUGAGGUUUUUAACAUUGUGGUAUAUUUUAUAUUCAUAGUUUACCAUCUCUCUUCACAAGACUCUUAUUUCCUUAUAUAGAUCAAUCUUUCAAGUACCAUUUUGUAAGCAACUAUGAAAUUUAAGUUAAAUGUUCUUUGUAAACUUUUGUCGAUCUCAAAUGAAUAAUGACUUUAUGAAGUAUGCUAUCUGAAAGCUGAAGUUAUAAAUACAUCUGGUUUCACUAUGUAAUAUUAAGAAAGAAUGAAAUGACUUAAAUGUCCAUUUUUUCCUGUGUAGUUACUUCAUGUUUUCAUGAUUUUGGGAAUUACUGAUUUUUUUGUUAUUUGAAGUGUGAAGCUUUCGGGUUAUACUUUAAUUCUUGGCACUUUUCCUCUAUGUCCCAUUUAAAGUAAAAUAUAUUCUCAUUACCUUUAGAUGGGAUUUGAGAUUGUCUGUUGCUGGGAGGUUGUGUAUUGAUGGCUGAGUUUUGGUGUAAUGGCUGUACCCUAUCCGUAAAGGCUGUAAAUGUUGUGUAGCUUACUGGUUUAUUUUUCUCUUUUGAGUAAAUUUUCCCUUGAAAUUAGGCAGGUAGAUUUUAGAAAUCAUCAGGAAUGGAGACAUUCUGGAGUUUCUCUUCCUGAUGCAUAGUGCCCACAGUUCUCUUGAUCUCGCUUUUUCAUAUUUUUUGAUUGCCUGUUUUUGUGGCUGUACCAAGUAUAUACAGGUGUUUCAGAACAACUUUCUAUGUUAUAUAAUACCACUUAAGCAGAGGAGAAAUUCAAAGGAGAUUACGUUGUUUUUAUAUUCUGAUUUAUUUUUCUGGAAUAUUUGUUACAGAGAAUUCUACAUAUGUAAAAAAAAUUUUUUUUAUGUCUAAGCCCAUGAAUUUUAAUUAUAUAUCCUUAAUGCUUUCAGUCUUUGAAUCCACAUCAUUAUGUGUAGGAAUGCCAAGUACAGUAAAGUGCUUUAAUUUUUGAAAAAGAAGUUGUUAAAAUUUUCUGUGUGAUUAAUUCUCUAUAAGUAACCUUGAAUAAAUGGAUUUCUUGAUUUAUGGUAGCAGAUAUUGGAAAUGGUCUUAAAAUGUAAUGGAUUUUGUAAAGCAUGUUGAACUCUUUCUAUGACACAUGAAGAGGAAGUCACUGAUAGAUGCAGAAAGUCUUCUGGCUCAGAUGUCAGAUGAUUUUUGAAGUGGAAGAACAUUUAUAGUUAUUUCACUUCUUUUUUCACCUUCAUCUUCUCACAUUUACAGCUUUUUCUUUCUUUCUUCCUUUUUUUUUUUUUUUUUUGAUGAGGAAGAUUGGCCCUGAGCUAACAUCUGUGCCAGUCUUCCUCUAUUUUUUGUAUAUGGGUUGCUGCCAGAGCAUGGCUUGAUGAGUGGUGUAGGUCUGCACCUGAGAUCCAAACCCAUGAACUCAGGCCACUGAAGCAGAGCGCACUGAUCUUAAGCACUGUGCCACUGGGCUGGCCCAUCCAGCUUUUUUUAAAGUAACUUCUUCAUGAGAAAAAGAAAUGUUAAGAUCAAGUGUAGUGUACAUGUGGCCUUGUGUUAUAUAUUGCAAAGAAACUUAUAACUUGCAUUUCUGUAUAUUUCCUAAUUCCACAAAAGUUAAAUGAAAAAUGUCAUGCAGUUGCAGAAAAUCAUUAGCCAAAUUAUUGCAUUUGUGAAAGUCCAACUCUACAUUUUGUUAAAUUGAGAUUCUUAGGUGAAUGAUUCUUUCAGUGUUGAUUAGUAGGAAAAACACCUGUUUGAGUGUAUUCCAUUUUAUUAUGUAUAAUUUUAACUAAUUAUUUAGUACAUAAUAAGGGGCUGAAUGGUAGUAGUGCAUUGGUUUGCUUAUUUGUAUGUUAUUUAUUCAUUUCACAAGUAUUUAAUGACAUUUACAUUGCCAAAUACUGUGCUAGGUUCCAAAUAAGACCACUGCAGCCUUGAUUCUAUUUUUAUAGUGUCAUGAAAAAAGUAAUCUUUUCAUGCACCUCAAUUUUUCAGAGUUACUGGAGAAUUUAUGACAAAUUGUGCUCAUUAACCUUAGUCAGAACCAUAAAGGGUGAUGGGUUGAUCUGUUUAACUAUGGUACAGUGACUGUUAGCAUAGUUUGUUCCAAAUGACAGUCUGCUCUAAGUUUAGAUGUUAAUUACAUCUUUUAUUAAUCUCUUUGGGAAUUAACAAGUUGGAGAGGUUAUAGCUAUAGAUAUUUUUAAGAUUAGAAUGAUAGACUAUUAAUCUAAUACUAAAUAAUGAGAUUUUGUCUUUUAUUAUUAUUCUAAGUACAAUUUCUUUUUGUUCAUAGUUGCAGGAUGGGAAUUCAUUUUAGUAAAGUAGGGUAUGUUAGAGGAAAAUUGAAGCUUGAAUUAUGGUUUACAUUCCUGGAAUUAGGAGGUUGUGUCAAGUUGAUUGGUUUUUAAGAUACCCUGCAGAUUAAAAAAUUGUUCUUCUUAGCUAUUAGAAAUAGAUUGGUAUUAUUUCUAAAUAAGGCUUUUAAAAUUGACUAGAAAUGUAGGAAAUACUUCAAAAGUGGACAAUGUAUUGAAUAUAGAUACUUUUUUCUCAAGUAGGUCUUUGGAGAACAAGAUGCUUUAGGAAUCACUCAAUUUAAGAUACAGUUAAACUGUAAUUUUAUGCAAUAAAUUAUCAGAAAUUCUGGUUUUACAAAGUGACAUUAACUGAGAAAGAUUUGAGCAGUGAUUCUGACCCUCAUGUGAUAGCUGAGUUUGGUAUAUAAAAGGAAGAACAAGGAGCCCUGGCCUCUCAUUUUCUCCCUUCAUAGCAUAGUUAGUAAACUUACUCAGAUAAAUUCAGUAGCUUUUACUGAAUGACCGUGGUAGCAACUCGUUUUAUAUAAAUGUGAUCUGAAUGUACUUUACUAAUAAAAAUAUUUCCUUUUCCCUAUAUCCUGGUCUAAAACUCUUCAGUUUUGGAAAUGCAAACCAUAUUUUUUAAAUUUCGUAUAUUAGCAUUUUAUAGUUGUCAUUAACUAUUAUGUUAGGGGGAAAGUAUACAGGAUUUUAUAAUAGAAUUCUGUAGAUUUGUUCUACUUGAUUAAUUUGCUGUUAUAUUACUUGUGAGCAGGAUUCCAAGAAAAUGCUUCAGAUGUUUUUGGUUUGCAGGUUCAUUUUCCUGUCAGAGUGAGCUGUCAUAGGCUAGCCGCCCUCUGACUUAAUGUACAUUUUUAAAGUGUUUAUUUUAUGGCAUAGUUUUUAAUAUAGCCAGGAAGAUUAGUAAAGCUGUCCAGAAAAGGGGAUAGCUACAGUGAUGUCUAUUAGCAAUUGAGGUUUAAUUUUAAUUCUCCCCCCCCCCCCAAAAGGCCAAAAACCACAACUAGCCUAGCUCUGUAUUACUCAUCUCUUAAUAAAAGGUUGAGAAAAGAUGCUAGUCCCCCACUCCCCCCACAGACCUUGGAGUUUAGCAGAUGUAUCGUGGCAGUAUAACUGCAUGCAAGAUGUCAGUUUUGUAAAGUGAUGUAUUUCAGACAGUAUAGAAAUUUGAUGGUGGGAAGAAUAAGCUUUUAUAAAUGAAACAUUUAAGAGAGACUCUUUUUUAUUAUUUGCUUUCAGUUUAGUGUUGCCUUUAAGGUGCACCAUUUCAGUUUGGCAGCUACAAUAAAUGACUGAAGGAAAUUGAAGAUGAUAAUUCAACAUUUCAAGAUGCUUCUGCUGAAAUGAAUGUAGACCUAUCCAGGGCUUGAAUUUAAAGUUUAUAGUGAGACAGUAUUUUCAAGCCAGGUACCCAGGAAAUUCAUGGUGAUAUGAUUUGAAUGAGAUGAUUAGGAAAAAUAGAAAAGAAUACUUUCAAUUCCUUAUUAUGUGGGUGUUAUCUAUUGAGAGGCAAUGUUGAAAAAUGUUACUGGAAAAAGAACAGAGGCUUGUUAAUAUACAAUUUGCUAUAGUGUCCAAUUCAUCCUGGACCUUGUCCAAAGAACUUUAGUUAUUAAAAUGACAAAAGAAUUUUUGUAAUAAGGAAUCACCUCUGAUUUAGUGCUGUAGCAGUGGAUUGCCUGCAGACCAUCCUGUAAUGUGUCCUGCUGAUAUUGUGUCAUUUAGUGCUUUGCUCUGAUAAUGUCUUCCUUGACUUAAACUGAAAUCAUUUUCUACCCUAUUUCUCAUACUUUCUUCUCUAUUAUUUUUCCCUUAAGAAAGAAAGAAUUAUUAAAAGUGUGUAUAAUAGUUGCUGGGUUUUGACAUUUGCAGGUUUUAACUUUGUGAUUUUGACUCUUUGUAAAUGACCUUAGAGGUCCAUGGGGUAUAUAGUGUUUUGCAAUUUUGCCAAGGCACAAUGUUUACUCCUGCUCAGUUCCAUUCAGGAAGGCAUUACUCAGCUAAUGAUUUAGCCUAGCUAACCUCUCAGCAUCCACAGUUUUUUUCCCUCACUUGCAGUCUCAUUCGUUUAUUCACUCAUUCAUUCAACAUUCGUUCGUUCAUUUAUAGAGCUCCUCUUGUGUCCCAGCUUCUGUUGUAGGCAUGGGAAAUUCAGCAGUUGUCCAAACAGUAUGUAGUGAUUGGAAAAUGUUGAACUUUAUCAUGAGGAAAAUGGCUGCUAUGGGUUGAAUUGUGUUCCCCCAAAAUGCAUAUGUUGAAGUUCUAACUCUCCAAACCUCAUAAUGUAACCCUAUUUAGGAACAGGGUUGUUGCAGGUGUAGUUAGUGAAGAUGAAGUCAUAGGGUGGGCCCUAAUCCAGUAUUACAAGUGUCCUUAUGAAAAGGGGAAAUUUGAAAUAGACACACACACAUGGACAACGCCAUGCGAAGAUGAAGGCAGAGGUGAUGGUAAUGCUUCUAUAAGCCGAGGAAUACCAGAGAUCACCAGGAACCAGCAGAAGCUGGGUGAGAGGCGUGGAACAGAUUCUCUCCCUCACAGCCUCCGAAGGAGCCACCCUUGCCAACGCUGUGAUUCUGGACUUCCAGCCUCCAGAACUGUGAGACAAUCCAUUUCUGUUGUGUAAGCCACCCAGUUUGUGGUACUUUCUUAUGCCAGCUGUAGCAAACGGAUACAGUGGCUAUUGGAUGAGAGGAAUUAAAAAGAUUAAUAACUUGAAUGUGGAAGUGUGUAAGAAACUAUGACACAGGGUGAAGAUGUAAUUCUGAAGGAAACCAGAACCUGUGUAAACUUAUCCAGGAAUAUUUUUGAAUUUGAGCAAAGACUGCAAGACUUAAACCGUGAAGUGUCAAAGGUCUCGUAGACUCUUUCUGAAGCCAAAAUGUUCAGACCUUUCUAGCAGACAUUGUCACUUUAUCUGACUGAGUGUGCCAUCUUUUAUACUUCGUUACCUUGGUUUGAAGAAACUCAUUUCCCUGAAGGAAAGAAGACUGUGUCCAGUUUCCAUGGAGAGGAGAUUUUCACCAAGCCUGUUAUUAUCAUGUACCAUGCGGUCUUUUCCUAAUGUAAUGCACCAGUCAAGUUCAAAUAAUGCAAAUAAAUACUUAAACAUCUUACA